GCGUAUGAUUCGUCAACAUUGGUAAUGGAUUCUUCGUAAACACACGCAAACCUUGGUUACCCUCUCGCAAUAAGUCAAUUGCUUCAAAAUGCCGCCUAUACCCACAGUAAAUCAAGCAGCUGCAGACAGAGAAAAGCGGACAAGAACAGGAGAAAGAAGAUCUGACCUUGUGAGCCGAGUGAAGUAUUGCAACACAUUACCGGAUAUACCAUUUGAUCCUAAAUUUAUCAAUUAUCCAUUUGAUGACAAAAGGUAUGUACGUUACAAACCGACAGGACUUGAAAAGAAUUACAAAUAUGAAGUUUUGACAGAGAGUGACCUUGGUGUUACCAUAGAUUUGAUAAAUCCAGAUGCAUAUACUCCAGUAUCUGGUGCACAGCUCCAUCCAACAGACGAGAAGCUUUUGGAAGAUGACAUACUUACUCCACAGGAUGGAAAACGAUCACGACACCACCAUGUCAAUGUGUCUUGGUUACGUCGAACUGAGUACAUAUCCACAGAGCCAACCAGGUUUCAGCCUCAGACUAUGGAGAAAAUUGAGGCUACUGUUGGUUUUGCUACUCGUCGUAAGAAGACUGUUAAUGAUGAGAAUGUGUACACUGAUCGGGAAAGUCAGCUUCGGGCAAUUGAGAACACUUUCAAGGAUGUCAAAGGUCCUCUUGAUGUUCAUUACAGUAAACCAGGUGUCACAAAGGUAGAAGAAUUACCUGUGUUUCCUGAUUUUGCUCUUUGGAAAUACCCAUGCGCUCAAGUCAUCUUUGACUCCGAUCCUGCACCUGUUGGAAGGCCAAUGCCUGCACAACUAGAAGAAAUGUCACAGGCAAUGAUUAGGGGUGUGAUGGAUGAGUCAGGAGAACAGUUUGUUGCCUAUUUCUUGCCAACAGAAGACACCCUGAAGAAGAGAAAGCGAGAUAAAGAUGAAAAUGUAGAAUACAUGGAUGAAGACGAAUACGAUUACAUUAUGGCUCGUGAAUAUAAUUGGAAUGUCAAAAACAAAGCUUCCAAAGGUUACGAAGAAAACUAUUUCUUUGUCUUGCGAGAUGACGGAGUUUAUUAUAAUGAACUUGAAACAAGGGUACGUCUGAGUAAGCGUCGUCUUAAACAAGGACAGCAGCAGAAUAAUUCAAGGUUGGUUGUACGUCAUCGUCCUCUGAUUGCUCAAGAACACAGAUCGCAGCGUAACCGAGAGAAGAUGUUAGAGCCUCCUUGUGAUGACGACGAGGAGGAGGAAGAAGAGGAGGAAGAGGAAGAGAUGGAAAUAGAAGAGAAUGAGAAAGAAGGAAGUGCUAAAGGAUCAGAUGAUGAAGGUAGUGAAAGAUCCCGAUCAAGAUCUAGAUCAGGAAGUAAAGAGCGGCAAAGAAGCAAAUCAGGAUCCAGCAGAUCAGGAUCAAGAAGUCGAUCAAGAAGUGGAUCUCGACAUACCAAAUCAAGAAGUAGAUCACGUAGUGGUUCACGUAAUAGCAAAUCUAAAAGCCGAUCUCGAAGUAGAUCAAAGUCACGAUCUCGAUCCCGUUCUGCUUCUGGAUCUCGGGCAUCUCGUUCACGUUCACGUUCACAAAGCAGAUCGAGGAGUGGUUCUCCAGCAAAGUCAGACAGAUCACGAUCUGCAUCAGGGUCAAGAGCUUCAAGAUCACCAUCACGUUCAAAGUCACGAUCACGUUCCAGGACCCCAAUGCAGAAUAGAUCCAGGUCAGGCUCGCCAGCAGAAUCUGAAAGGUCAGCCAAGUCUGCAGCCUCCAGCAGAUCAAGUCAUCGAAACAGAUCACGUGUUCCAAGUGGUGCAUCAGUUCGUAGUAAAGCAUCGAGGUCUGACUCUGGUUCUGAUUCAGGUUCUUCUGGAUCAGGUUCAGGCUCGGAUUCAGAGUAAAAUAUUUUCUGUCCAGAGUAAAUUUUAACAGUUGAAAUAAUUGAAGAUAUGACUGCUAGAUGUAAUCCAUGAAAUGUCAGAUUGGUGUUAUGUUGACAAUUUAUAUGACAAAAAGAAAAUUUUAUUGCUAAUCCAUGUAUCAGUCCUUUAAUUAGAUAUGUUAUAACCCUUUAUGUCAGAGGUCAUUCUAGUGAAUUACAAUGAUCUUCCAGGAGUUAAACAAUCUUUUUUUGUUGUACAGUGCCAUGGUAAGAAUUUUCCCAUGUCUAGGGAAAGGGAAAUAAGCUGAGCAUAUUAUAAUUUCACAUUAUCAGUAUAAGAGUUUAGUCUAGCAAGGAAUGGUAUUUACACUCUCUUAAGUUUGCCAUGUUAGUUGCAUAAAAUGAGACAGUAAGAAUGAUAAUUAUAUCGUUUGACUUAAGAAUUUACUUAAUCUUUUUCAUGGUUAAAAAAUUUUGUGUUUAUUAUCACAAGUGUUUCAUAUUAACUUUAACUUUUGGGGGCCUUUAAGUAUCGAGUUAUUUCAACUCUUCUCUGGUCUAUACUCUUUCUGCUUAACUCCCAUUAGGGCUGUCUACAUCCAUUCCCUUUCUGCAAGAUUCCAGACACAACAAAUGAAGUUAAAUAUGCAGAUUUCAUUUGUUUUAUGAAGUUUAGGUUGUCAAGCCUAUCAAAGGGACACUUCAGCUACACCGUGAUUGAGAGACUGAAAAUGAAGGGGAAGUAACUGGACAGCAUGAUAAGAGAAAGCCAGAAAAUAAAGGCAAUGAAGUGCAAAGGAUCUAAAGGUGGAACUGGGAAAAACCGCUACAGUUGCACUAAAAAGUAAUAGAGAAACUUUCAACUAAACAUUCAACUACUAUUACUGUUACAUGUUUGUUUGUCUACUAUUAAACUCCCUUUAACCCAGUGAAAAACAUCUUUAAUUGGCAGAAGACAAACACUAGUUUUCUCUCACUUUAUAAAAGCUAGGAGUCAAUUACCAUUUAUUUUGUGUCACAUCAUUAGAAGGUAAAGAAAAUCACAAUUUUUUAUGAGAGAAUUUUUAAGAGAUGUAAAUCUUUCUUUAAUUGAAGAAUAAAUAAUCAAAAACAAAUAAACAGUAACAUUCACACUUUCACAUUGAUGCAUAAAUGACAAGCUGUCUUGCAAAACUCCAUCACUAAGGUGGUCUUGAAGCAAAUGCAGAACUCUGUUUAACAACUUCAUCUAAUUUUGCUGCAAAAAGUUCACUCUCAAUAGGUUUAUCAAGCUGACAUAGAGGAUUGUAAACCACGUUUUCAACAUAAACCUGGGGAAAAAAGUUUAUGUCAAAAGAACUGACAUUUUAUAAUUAUUUCAAUAUUUGCAUAAAAUAUUCACAUGAAUUUUGUAAACAAAAUGUACUGACAUCCACUCACUUGUGUGUAAAUUUGAUGGAGUAGUUCUCUAAUUCCUUGAGCAUAAAUGUCAGUAUUCAGGAUGAACUUGAUUCUGGAUGGAGUUUCAUACAAGUUAAGGCAAUAUUUAUUUGUUUUAUAUGUCAGGAAGCCUUCCUUCAGAUCCACAGGAGAUACCUGGAAUAAUUUUUUUUUUUAUUACAUAUGCAUAAUAAGAGUACUUUCAUUGUUAUAAAUCUGUAUAUUACUCCAUUACUUGCAAGUUAUCUGGUAUAUAAAAAAAAGAAUUAAAGUGAAAAACACAUCAUUUCUUAGGGGAGAGAGAGAGAAAAAAAAAAUAAAUCUCUGAUACAAACUAACUCACAAA